AACUCCCUUAUUCCCUUCGUUAUUUGAUACUGAAGAUGGUCGUGACAGUUUUGCUGAUACCUGCGAACCCAAAGACUAUUUUAAUCAUUCGAAUAUACAUGAAACUCAAUGGAGAACUGAUGUUGGAGAAUUACAACAUCUGAAAGUUGAUGAACAACCUUAUUUUAAUAACACAGAACAUCCUUUAUUCUCCUUAUUAUUUGAUAUUAAGAAUAAUUAUAGUAGUAUCGUUGAUACCUGUGAACCAAGUGAUGAUUUUAAUCAGUCAGAUAUACGUGAAACUCAAAAAGACAUAUUAACAGUUGUUGAGAAACCACCUUAUUUGGACGUGUUGGAAGAUAAAUUUGACCAGUUAGAAACUUAUGAUGAAAGAUUACAA